CUUCAACAGGCUGGCAGCGGCUGUAUGGUGUGUGGUUAUGUUUAGGUCUGGCCGUGGUGUUGACAAUACCACCCUCCGAAUGCGAUGGGAAUGCUGAAGGAAUGGCUUUAAAACGAUUUGUUCUCACGUUACUGGCCCUGUCUGGGUUAGCCAUCGGCGACGCCCUGCGGUGUAACUGCACCAACUGUGUGAAGUCUGGUUAUGAGUGUGAGACUGACGGGGCCUGCAUGGCCUCCACCUCCUUCAUCCAGGGGCAUGAGCAGCAUGUAAGGAUCUGUAUCGCCAGAGACAGCCUUGUGCCCCCUGGCCAACCUUUCUACUGCCUCAGUGCUGAGGGACUGCUCAACACACACUGCUGCUACACUGACUACUGCAACCGCGUCGACCUCAAGGUUCCCUCGCUCCCGGUGAAACCAGGGGAGCUGGGCUGGGUGGGCUCUGGAGGCCCCUGGGGGCCAGUGGAGCUGGUGGCUGUGAUCGCAGGGCCGGUCUUCCUGCUGUGCAUGCUGCUGCUGGUGGGAUUAUUCCUCUUCCAGCAUCACCAGAGAACCUACAGCCACAGACAGCGGCUGGAGGUGGAGGACCCCUCCUGUGAACACCUCUACCUGGCCAAGGACAAGACCCUGCAGGAUCUCAUCUAUGACAUGUCCACCUCCGGGUCUGGUUCUGGCCUGCCCCUGUUCGUGCAGCGUACAGUGGCCAGGACCAUCGUUCUGCAGGACAUCAUAGGGAAGGGCCGCUUCGGGGAGGUGUGGCGGGGGAAGUGGCGCGGGGGAGACGUGGCGGUAAAGAUCUUCUCGUCCAGAGAGGAGCGCUCGUGGUUCAGAGAGGCUGAGAUCUACCAGACCAUCAUGCUGCGACACGAGAACAUCCUGGGAUUCAUCGCCGCCGACAAUAAAGAUAACGGCACAUGGACCCAGUUGUGGCUGGUCUCAGACUACCACGAGUACGGUUCUCUGUUUGACUACCUGAACUACUAUUCUGUGACUAUAGAGGGCAUGAUCAAACUGGCCCUGUCUGCCGCCAGCGGCCUGGCUCACCUGCAUAUGGAGAUACUGGGCACGCAGGUCUUCCAACUCAGUGUUUCCUCCUCUCUAGGUAAGCCUGGUAUCGCCCACCGUGAUCUGAAGUCUAAGAACAUUUUGGUGAAGAAGAAUGGCAUGUGUGCCAUCGCUGACCUGGGGCUGGCAGUACGCCACGAGUCCAUCACUGAUACUAUAGACAUCGCCCCUAACCAGCGUGUUGGCACCAAGAGGUAUAUGGCUCCAGAGGUCCUGGAAGAAACAAUCAACAUGAAACACUUUGACUCGUUUAAGUGUGCUGAUAUCUACGCCCUGGGGCUGGUGUACUGGGAGAUAGCGCGCCGCUGCAACACUGGAAGUAUCCACGAGGAUUACCAGCUGCCCUACUUUGACCUGGUGCCCUCUGACCCCUCCAUAGAUGAGAUGAGGAAGGUGGUGUGUGACCAGAGGCUGAGGCCUAACGUGCCCAACUGGUGGCAGAGCUACGAGUCUCUGCGUGUGAUGGGUAAGAUCAUGAGGGAGUGCUGGUACUCUAACGGAGCGGCCCGCCUCACGGCUCUACGCAUCAAGAAGACUCUCUCUCAGCUCAGUGUUGAGGAGGACAUCAAGAUGUAAGAGAAGAGUGGGACGGACAGGCGGCAGAGCCACGUAGCUCGCUGGAGACGCACAACGAUAGACACAGGCAGUAUAUCAAAUGGCGCCCUAUUCCCUAUCUAGUACACUACUUUUUGACCAGGGCUCAUGGAAAAUAACACGGAAAGGACUGAGACUAAAUCCUGCCAGUUUUAAAGCCACACUCCCAAGUUGUGACAAGGCCUACCCCGCCUUAUUAGCCAUAACUACUGAGAAUCUCCCCUCUGCCGCUCCUCUCUUCUUUCUCCCUCCUUCACCUGGUUAUCCCAACCUCCUCUCCUUCACCCACUCUUAUGGGCCACCACACUACAACAUGAUUAUCCCCAACAACCUCCCUGUUCAGUUUUACUUUGUGCUCCGAGGCAGUAAAUAUUACUAUUGUACAGUGACAGGAAUUUAGUUUGUAAUAUUUUGUACAUCUUUUUAAUUUUUACAUUUUUUUUGCCACAAGACUAGCUACGUCCUGAACUCAUAUUCAUAAUGUGGUUUCAUGUCCACAUUUAUAAGUAAAAAAAAAAAUUGCUUUUGGGAGAAUGUGGGAGAGUAGCAGAUGACUCGCUUGUCGUCACCCAACUAUCUGUACAGGAUGAAAUCAACCAUAUUAGGCAGGAAAGUCACUUCUAUGGACAUGUCACAAUAUACACUGAACAAAAAUAUAAAUGCAACAUGUAAAAUGUUGGUCCCAUAUUUCUUAGGCUGAAAUAAAAGAUCCCAGAAAUUAUCCAUACUAAUUUGUCUACAUCCCUGUUAGUGAGCAUUUCUCCUUUGCCAAGAUAAUCCAUCCACUUGACAGAUGUGGCAUAUCAAGAAGCUGAUUAAACAGCAUGAUCAUUACACAGGUGCACCUUGUGAUGGGGAUAAUAAAAGGCCACUAAAAUGUGUAGUUUUGUCACAACACAAUGCCACAGAUGUCAAGUUUUGAAGGAGUGUGCAAUUGACAUGCUGACUGCAGGAAUGUCCACCUGAGCAGUUGCCAGAGAAUUGAUGUUCUCUACCAUACGCCGCCUCCCAUGUUGUUUUUAGAGAAUUUGGCAGUAGGUCCAACUGGUAUCACAAUCACAGACCACAUGUCACCACGCCAGCCCAGGCCCUUUACACUCACCUGUGGGAGUGUCUGAGAUUAGCCACCCGGACAGUUGAUGAAACUGGGUUUGCACAACCUGAAUUUCUGCACAAAUGGUCGGGCAAACUCAUCUGCAUGCUUGUCGUCACCAGGGUCUUGACCGCUCUACAGUUCGACAUCGUAACCGACUUCACGCCCGAAAAGUGUUAUUUUCGCAGAUGAAUCUUUCAUCUGUUCUGGCGUCGUGUGGGCGAGCGGUUUGCUGAUGUCAACGUUGUGAACAGAGAACCCCAUGGUGGGGACAUGGUAUGGGCAAGCAUAAGCUAGGUUUACGAACACAAUUGCAUUUUAUUUAUGUCAAUUUGAAUACACAGACAUACCGUGAUGAGAUCCUGAGGCCCAUUGUCGUGCCAUUCAUCAUCACGUUUCAGUACGGUAAUGAGCAGCCCCAUGUCGGAAGGAUCUGUACACAGCGGAAAAUGUCCCAGUUCUUCCAUGGCCUGCAUACUCACCAGACAUGUCACCCAUUGAACAUGUUUGGGAUGCUUCACGUGUACAACAGCGUGUUCCUGUUCCCGCCAAUACCCAGCCAUUGGAGGAGUGGGACUACGAUCAACAGCCUGAUCAACUCUGUGAAGAAGCACUAAUUGUGUGCCUCAUACUGACUGAUUUUCUGAUCCACUCCUCUACUUAAACAUUUUUUUUUAAGGUAUCUGUGAACAACAGAUGCAUAUCUGUAUUCCCAGUCAUGUGAAAUCCAUAGAUUAGGGCCUAAUGAAUCUAUUUCAAUUGACUGAUGUCCUUAUAUGAACAAACUCAGUAAAAUUGUUGCAUGUUUCAUAUUUUUCUUCAGUGUACAUCAGUAGAGUAGACUCUCAGCCGUUCCUGUACAGCUUUCAGAAGCCUGGAAUACCUUGUAGUUGAUUGGACAUUUAGUCAUUUAAGACUUGUCAAGCAUUAAAACAGAUGGGUUGCAUUCUGCUACUUGAAUACCCCACGUCGCUCAUGCCUGCUUGUAUGUGACUCCUACAUGUAUCACAUUUUGAGAUUUGGUCCAGUUUUAUGUUUUGAAAUGUGGCAGGGAUGUUUUUUGGAAUGGUUUUAUUAUAUAUUUUUGACGACUACAGAGAUUUGAUGUGAUUUAAGAAGCCAGUCAAAGAUGUAGCCUAAUUGUUUUUAAAUUCAGUCCAACAUGUAGGUAUGGGUAAGGAGCCUUUUGGAAUUAGACUUAAGCGUUCCAGUACUGCUUACCGUGCGGUAGCAGAGAACAGUAUGACUAGGGUGACUGGUAUCUGAGGCAUAAACGAUGGUAAUGAAAACUGUUUUCCUAUAGACACUACUGAUGAAGACAUUGUGAUUUGUAUACAAAACAUAGGCAUCUCUCUCUGUACUGUGGUCAUUUUUCUUCAGUGACAUCUUCAAUGGUACUUUCAGCUGGUUUCUUGGAGAUGCAGAAGUCAAAGAGAGCUCAGGAAAACAAAUGUUUUAUUCUUGGCUUUUCUUGGAUUGUAAGGUAUCGAUUUUCCCUUUUACACUGGGCUAGUUGAUAUUGUGAUGUAACUAUGAGCUCAUCUCACCAUUUGGUGUAUUUAUUUUUGAUUGAACAGGGCAAGAAGAAUAGGCUUUGAUAUCUGUUAACACUGGAACUGGGCUCUCUGAAAAAGGAUACAAUUUGUUCUGAUGGUAUGCAGAACAAGGGGGCUGUCUCAACACUGGGACCUCUGUCUUUACUGAGGUAAAAGAUAUAGAAUGCAGAGGGGGAAAAAAUGUUUUUUUUUUUCAUUUGGAUUUGGGGCAUGUAUACCCCAGUAAAUGUAUGUUGCUGCUACUGUAACAUUGGCAAGGAAAUGACGGAUGGAGUAUUUGGGGGUCAAUCUAUCCUCGUACUUCAUGAGGGCUUUGAGGAAGAGAUGGUUGUCAUGAGAACCAAAUGUCAAAUAUUCCUAUCCAUGUUUUAGCAUGGGAGUUUUUUUGUUAUACCAUCAACUGUCCUAUUCAUACUGUAAACACCUCAAUAUUUCAAACACCAUGUUAAACUACUUUUUUUUUUCAGGACUAGUUAAAUGUGUACAUAUGGUAGGUGAUAUACAUUAAAAUACAAGUUUUGUAUUA